AUGACUUCCUUUGAAGAAACUCCUGCCAUUGUAUCCUUGAAGGACUCAGGUUAUCCCAAGAUCCUUGACCACCUAGAGAAAGGCGCAUCCGCUGAGACCACCAUACUCUCCCCUGAUCAUUUCCUCGAGAUCGACACCAUCCUUGGAAAUGCCGAUGUUGGAACUGCUGCCACCACGUCGCUUGUGGUUAACAUCAUCCGCACCACAAAACUGCUUGAGAAUGCAGUAAGUUGUGAAGACUUGGACGCAGCAACCAGAGCACUAGCAGUGCUGCAGUUCCAGAAACAGAUUCGUGCUAUUGCGCUUCACCUACUCCCAGAUGACUUCACCGAUACUAUUGCACUCGCCACCAAAAGAGUAGGAGAAAAGAUCGAUAGACCUGUGCGCACUCUAAAGAGAAAGAAAGCCAUGAUCGACCACACCUGCAUCUGCCUUCGAUGCGGAGGAUACAGACACACCUUCAGAAAGUGUCCAGACUAUGUUUGCUGCGUCUGCAGUGAACUUGGACCAGACCACUUGUCAGUCCAUUGUCCUCAACUCAAUGGAGAGAUACAACUCCAAGAGUUUAGAGAUGACGAGAAGUUCUUUGAGACUCGUAGACUGGGAGAAGAACCACGUCGCGCUAGAAGCACUCAUUGCUCAGAACCCACUACCACGUUCGCCGACCCCUCACUCCCGCACCACGACACCCGCACCCUCCUGCACUCUCACAGAGGAGAAGAAUGA